AUGCAACAUAUCAAAACGAAUACCGCAUUAGUAGCUAUUGCACGGCAAACCGCUCGCAAUCUACUAGGUGCAAAAAGUAGUAGUACUGUAAUAGGACAUCAUGCAACAAGUGGUUUUUCCAAUAGAGGUGCUAAAACCUCAACUAAUAUGAGCAGAAGACAUUACAACAGUAAUACUAAUAGUGCGUCAACUUCAUUUCCCCAAACAAAUCAAACUGAAAUUUUUAAUGGUGGAAUAAGUGGUAGUACAGACUCUGGUAUACAACAAAAACCACUAGAUCUUAGACAAGAACAACUUUUUAUUAGAGAGUAUAAUGAUUUGUUAAUGCUUUUGAAACAAAGGGGACUUCCGCGAGAAGUUGAACGACGCUUCGAAGAAAUGAAGAGAUCCGGUGUACAACCAACUACUUUUACUUACAAUUUAAUCCUCGAUACUGUCGCCGGAUUUCGAAAUGAAAAUAAUAACUUGGAUAAACUAAUCCAAUAUUAUGACGAGAUGAUUCGUGAUAAUGUGAAACCUAACUUAUCAACUUAUAACAUAAUGAUCAAAACUUUAUGUAAAAGAGAUUUCGAAAUUCAAACAAAAUUAUAUCGCUUAAAAAAAAGAGCAAAUGCUGGUGGAAAUAUAAGAGCAAUACAAACUCUUGAAAAAGAAAAUUGUAUUGAUUUAGCCUUUCAACUUUUCAAAAAAAGCAUAGAUGUUCAUGGUUAUUAUUAUGAAGUAGAUUUAUGUGAUGCUUUAUUACGUUCACUUGCUCCUUAUGGUAGAAUAGAAGAAGGUUUAACUGUAUUUGAAUAUAUGGAAAAGCGUGGCAUAGUAUCUCCAUAUACUUUUGGUUAUUUAAUAUCAAUGUAUAGUCAUGUUGGUGAUAUGGAAAGUGCUUUGGAAUGUUUUAAAGAAUAUAAAAAGGUUUCUCCAAAUUUACCCGGAAAGCACGAACCAAUGGCUGUAUAUAAUCAAAUGAUUUCUGCUUAUGUUCGUUGUGAUAAUGUAAAAGGUGCUAUUGAAAUUUUAGAAAAGGAUGCUCCUGAGAACGGUCUCGUACCAGACGAAUGGAGUUAUUUCUACCUUAUUAGAGAUUUGUGUGAUACUAAUAAAACCGAGAUAGCACAAGAAUGGUUUGAUAAGAUGAAAAACGAUGAAUCAUUACCAAAGCCAUUUAAUUUGAUAUACGAUACGAUUUUGAUGCAAUAUUCUUUGAUUGGUGAUUAUUCAAAUUCGACAAAAGUUUAUCAAGAAAUGAAAGAUAUAAAUUUAUGCCCUCGAUACUCUGAAAUGUCUUUAUAUUUACAUUUGACUCUCAAGCAUGAUCCAGACAGGAUUCUGUAUCUCUUGGAUGACAUGUAUAAAGGACACUUAGUUACUGAUCUCAAUUUGACAAAAAGUAUUAUGAAUCAUUUCGUUCAAGAACAACAACCGGAAAAAGCACUCAUCGCUCUCAUUAAAAUCAAAGCGCUCACGGAUCAUCAUGCAAAUAGUUCAUCGAAUAGGUCAAACAAUCCAUUAAUAUCUCUGGAUGAUCAUAUCAUAACAUUAUUGAAUGAUCCGCAUCUUUCACUUAAAGGAGCGAUUGAUGCCAAAUUUCAACUUUUGGACUAUGGAUAUAAUAAAAUACCAAAUUUCAAUAAGGUCAUAUUUACAAAAUACGACAAGAUUAAAGCUAAUGGUGAAAUAGUGGCAAGUUUGAAAGAACUUGAUGGUCAACAUAUAUUCGCACUUUUUGAUAACGCAACAUCUUUAUAUAAUUUACAUAUCUCAAAGGAUGAUUUUAACGCCAGGGUGUUUGAACUUGUAGAAGACUUAAAAUUAU